AUGUUUAGAAUUGGGGGUAAAUCCACAUUAGUACCCGAGGUAAUAAAAGAUGGACUAAGCUGUUCCGCGUUUUGUCAAGUGCAGGUGGGUAUCUUUACCAUUAAUACACAAACGUUCCAGAAUGGUAUUGGAUACGUGUUUGGUGGUUUCAACAAGACAGGAUGUCAUAAUUUGGUAUACAAGAUCAACAACGGCCUUGUCUCCCGCUGCCCUCCUCUAUCCACUGAUCUCAAAAAUGCCGCUGCUGUCAUUGCAAGAAACAAUCGUGCAUAUAUUAUUGGAGGCUGGGAUGGUAAACGAACACUGGAUACAAUCUUUACCUACGAGGAUGACAAGUUGCUCUACGAAACAAGACUGCCCUACCCCGUUGAGGGGCACAGCAGUUCCGUAUUCGAUGAGUUUAUCAUUAAUGUGGGCGGAUUCGACGGUGUCUCGGUUAUAUCUACUAUUUCCAUUUAUGAUACAAUAACCAAGAGGACCCUCCUUGUGGACGCAAAGCUAAAGACGCCUCGGGAAAAUCAUUGCACAGUAAUUUUCAAGAAGGAUAAAAAGAAUGUUAUGCUGAUAAUGGGAGGAUGGGACGGUCAAGAGGCUCUGAGCGAGUGCGAAGCCUUUGAACUUAUCAAUGAGUCACCUUUUGUCAUACCCAUUCAGUGGAAUUGUGAUUUGAUCGAACCCCGUAAUAGGCCUGCUGUUGUUGUGGUACCCACAGAAUAA